UUUUGUACACGUCGUCAUCGUCUUUCUUCCUCCUUCGUACAGUGAUUGAGUGCCUUGAAACUAAAUAAAAAAAUGGCCUCAAAACUCAAAACCUUCAUCAAUCUCCGUGACUACCCAAUAACCCUAUUCAACCAGAUUCGAUCACUAUCCUCACGAAUUCUCACACCUAUCAAUCAAUCUCACUACAGGAAACGAAUUUUACUCGCGAAUCUCCUUCAGAGGUAUGGUUUCCCUCCUUCUUCUCUUCAGCACUUCCUCUCAAGAAACAAUCACCUAUUGAAUUCGGACUUAGUAGAAACCGAAAUUUCUCUCGGCAUCCUAUUGUCAUUGAAAAUCCCUCAGAAAUCACUCGUUUCGUUGAUUUCCGAUUGCCCUAAUGUUCUGCGAUCAGAGUUUCUGAGGAAAUGGAGAGUUCCUCUGUCUAAUUGCGGUAAACACGGUGUCGUCUCAUCUUCUGCGAUUAAGAGCGUCCUUGAACAUUCUAGUAGAAUUGGGAUUGGUCCAGAUAAGUUUAAUGAGUGCGUAAGGGUUUUGAAGAGUUUAGGGUUUUGUGAUAGUACUGUGAGUAGGAUUUUAAGUUCAUUCCCUGGUGUUCUUUUAGUGAAUGAGAUUGAAAUUCGUAGGAAGAUUGAGUUUUUAGUUGGAAUUGGCAUUGCUCGAGAUAACAUUGAGAGGUUCUUUCACGUUUUUCCUGAAGUUCUAGGGAUUGGUACUGAGACUAGACUUAAGCCAUUGCUUGAUGAGUUCAUGAAGAUGGGGUUUAGUAAGGAUGAUGUAAAGAAAGAGAUUGCUAGAGAACCGAGAGUUCUUGGUUUGGAGUUAGGUGAGCUUCCGCGGUGUUUGGAGUUGAUCAACACAUUGAAAUGCCGGGAAGUGAUUAGAGUUAGUAUAAUCAGCGAAGGAGCAUUUCGUGCUGGGUUUGAAGUGAAGCUCAGAGUUGAUUGUUUAUGCAAAUACGGGUUGAUUCGUAGAGAUGCAUUCAAGGUUGUAUGGAAAGAGCCGAGGGUGAUCUUAUAUGAGAUAGAGGAUAUAGAGAAGAAGAUUGAGUUUUUAACUAACAGAAUGGGAUUUCAUAUCAAUUGUUUAGCUGAUGUACCGGAGUAUCUAGGGGUUAAUCUUCAGAAGCAGAUCGUUCCACGGUACAAUGUCAUUGAUUACUUGAAACUAAAAGGUGGGCUUGGCUGUGAUAUUGGAUUGAAAGGUUUGAUCAAACCAAGCAUGAAAAGAUUUUAUAAUUUGUACGUGAUGCCAUACCCAGAGUGUGAAAGAAUCUUUGGAAAGAGAAAAGAGAAUGUCCGAGUGAAUAAACGACAUCCCGCAGGGCUUUGGAAGCUUAUGAAGCCGCCUAGCAAUCUAACAACAAAAGAAGAUGUGCAGAACAUGAAGUCCUUUAUAGAGUCACUUGCUUAGUAUGUUGGAUCUUGGACUUGCCUCUUACUAGAUUGAAAGAGAUCGGCCACUCUCUAGAGGGUUCUUGCUCCCUCACUUUGCUAUGAGCUGCUCUGAAUUGAUAUGGGUUAUCAGGAACUUUCAGUGACUAUCGAAUCUGAUCUCAACUCGCUCGAGUUCAUGGCUUGAUUAUUCAAAGGACAAUGCAUACUCCUGAAUAAGCCAUGCUCACUUCUCGUUGUGCAUCUUGGGAAGACAUCUACCAAUGCCAUUGCCUUCGUUUCCAUGUCUCUGCCUGAUAGAUUUGCUGAGCAAAUGUAAUUGGACUUUGGUUCUAAAAAGUCAAGUGCCAUGUUCCAACUUCCAACUGUAACUACUAGUUAGGGAUGUUACGUGGGCCGAGCCAGGCCGGCUAGUAGCCCGUUUUGGCAACUUUUAUGCUAGGCCGAUUCAUCUGUUCCGUGAUCCAUCCCAGACAAACCAUUUGUUUUUGGCAUUUAUACCAAAAAUAUUUGUUUCCAACAAUUUUUUUUCUUAAACAUUAUUUUCAAAUGUUUUACGUAAAAGCUCUGUUAACAAGAAACUUAGAUUUAUGUAUGGAAGAAUUGGUUAUACAUGAGUCAGUAAGUCAUGAAAUCUGUAUAAUGGGAAGAAGUUAAUCAGUUAAAUCUUAUUUAUUCCAAGAGGGUGAUUGGAGAAAAAAAGAAGAAGAAGAGAGUUAUUGGUAACUAGUGUUAUUUAUGUAUUAAUGAAGAAGAGAGUUAUUGGUG